AUGGCGAGCAAGACUGCAGGCCCCAAGGAGCCAGGGGCCCUGGUGGUCGACCUCUCAGAGCCAACAAUCUCGGGCCUCUCCCUGGAAACAACACACGAAGUGGACGAACCCGUCGACCCCUUGUCGUCCCUCUCGGCACUCGCGACAGCAUUGGACGCGUACGAGGAUGUCCCCACAUUCCUCAACACGGUGCUUGCACCACAUCUCACUCCUGCACUCGCCGCGUCACAGCCGGGCUUGACCCCAGACUUGGCACCCAUUGACAAGCAGCUCGGCGAGCUCUUGACCCGCCUCAACAUGUUGAGCCAGGACACGAGCUCGGCCCUCGAGCAGUCGAUCCACGACAUUUCGCGUACUGUCCCGCGCCUCACAUACGACCUGCAGUUUAUGCGAGAGUCUGCCGUCUCCCUCCAGUCGUCUCUGUCGCUCGUGCAGGACCGCGUGGCUCGCCAGACGGCCGGUGCUGGCGCCAACCCUGCAGCUGCACUUGGUACCCCCGAGACCGACGAGGCGCGCACUCACCGUGCCCUCGACAAGCUGGCGUACCUCGACAAGCUCAAGACACGCAUGGAGUCGGCACGUGACGUUCUCGCCGAGGCCGAGUCGUGGUCGACACUCGAAAGCGAGAUCACGUCGUUCAUUGCCGACAAAGCAUGGACAAAGGCCGGCGAGAGGCUGGCCGAGGCGAGCAAGUCGCUCGUCGUCUUCCAGUCCGCCGACGGCGAGUACGAAUCCAAGCGCUCGUUGCUGGUCAGUCUUCAGAACGAGCUCGAAACGGCACUGUCCGCUGCUCUCCGCGACGCCAUUGCCCGCGUCGACACGCCCGCAUGUGCCAGCUUCCACGACAUCUUCCGCCUCAUGGACCGCGGACACGAGUUUCAAAACUACUACUUCGCAGCCCGCCGCGCACCCAUUGCAGAGGAGUGGGCCAAUGCCGUACUGCUGGACGCGCCUACAGACGAGACCGCCGUCGACUCCACCGUCGAACCGGUGUUGUUCUCCGAGUUUUUGCCAAAGUUCUACGCUGGCGUCCUCUCGACCCUCAGUUCAGAACGUUCCCAGAUCCCCCUCAUCUUCCCCACCGAGUCUGCGUCGUCCAUCCUCGCCCAGUUCUUCCAGACUACCCUGGACGAGCUGUCGCCCUCGUUCCACAACCGCCUCUCGUCGGUCGCCGAGCACCACGGCGCUGCGGCGCUGCCAGAGCUCAUCCGCGCGUUCAAGGCUACGGAGGAGCUCGGCGUCUCUGUCCAGGGUGUCAUGGACAAGCUUGCGUUCAACACCCAGGGCGGAUACCCAAGCGGUAACAGCAGUGGAAACGCUGUCGUGUCCCCCGCUUCCCUUGCUGGCGGCUCGUCACCUUCCUCUCCCGCCGUGGCUACCGUCAAGCUGCGGCCCACACCGGCGACCCACGCCCACUCGCACAGGCUAUCCAUCUCGCAUCGCUUCUCGCGGUCGAUCAGCAUCUCGUCACACGAGGCACCAGCCAUUGCCGCCUCGCCUUGGGAGACCAACCUGUACGAGCCCUUCCUCGACAUCCAGACCACAUACCCCGCCCUGGAGAAGAGGUAUCUCUCCAGCCUGCUGCGGUCAGACCCAGUGCUCAACAGCGAGGUGAACAAGGACGACCCGUCGCGGACACUCAACGAGCGCGCAGCCGUCGUGUUUGGUUUUGCCGAGGACGCUAUUGGUCGCUGCCUUGCCUUCACUCACGGCUAUGGUGCGCUAGGCCUCAUUGAUGCGCUUAAUGAGCUCGUCAACUCGUUCCUCACGGACAACACGGGUAUUCUCGAGGCCGCACGCAGUGCCGCUCACCGCGGUGCGGCGCCCGACGAGCUUGACUUUGAGGGUCUCGACUACUCAACCGAGGACUGGGGCGCCUUCCAGCUGGGUCUGCACGUUCUCGAAGUCUGCCGCUCGAUCCGUGACCGCUUGACGGCGUUUGAGGGCAAGCUCCACCUCGCGCUCACGGGCAUUGCAGCAGUGCUCAAUACAUCGGCCCUCGAGUCGAUCAUGUCGUCCAAGCACGACACGACCAUGGGCGCCAUCACCCUCCUGCAGCAGUCGACGCUCAACUCGGCCGUCCUCUACUCGACCGUCACAAACGCCACACCCCCAGGCCACCGCUUGAUCCGCGCCCGUGAUGCCGUGUCGGCAUACACCCGCACCGCCCAGGUGUUCCUCCAAUCCAUCAUCCUCUCCCCUCUCCAAGCGCAGCUGGAGGGAUACCCCGCCCUCCCCGUCUGGUCGCAGCCCGACAAAGCGCCACGCCGUGGCGAGCUGCAAGUCCCCACAUUCUCCCUCUCGCCAACAGACACGAUUGCCCGCGUCUCCGAAGGUCUCCUCAACCUCCUCCGUGUGUUCGAGGUGUACGCCGACGACGACGCGUUGGCAUUCUCAAUCGAGACCCUGCCGUUUGUCGAUGUCGAGUCGCUGAGCGACCUCCUCAACCCGCCAAAGGGCAACCUGGGCGAGACAAAGGACGCAUUAACGACAGCAUCCCCAUCACAUGGAUCCAGCACCCCGCACCUCCCGGCCCUCAGCGCCGAGGCCGUGCUCUCCACUUGGGUGUCGUCUCUGGCCCUCUCCCUCCUCUCCCACCUGACACGCUCGACCCUCCCCGGUAUCCGUUCCCUCUCAAAUUCUGGCGCGGCGCAGCUCGCGUCCGACCUGGCAUACCUGUCCAACGCGGUCCGCGCACUCGAUGUCGAGUGGGACGACCUGGAACGCUGGCGCGAGGCCGCCGAAUGCAAGGACCAGGCAGAGUGGAGGGACAAGGCUGGCGACGAGGUGAAACGCGGCGUGUGGGCUGUGGUAGGCAUGUUGAGAGGGUGGAGCUAG